AUGCCAGCGCUUGGCUUUGCAGCUGUGUGCCGCCCGCCCUGUGAGGACGCCUCCUUGCCCUGCCCGGAGGAGGACGACUCGGAUCUAGUCCCAAGCCAGCUGCCCCGGAGAGAGAGCGGGGGAGGAAAUAGGCGCAGCCUCCCCUCCCUACCCUCUUGCGCCCUGAUGCCGGCGCCUAGCGGGAGCAGCUGCUGGCCCCUGCCGAAGAUGCCGGGGCUAGGGCGGCGGGGGGCGCUGCCGGAGCCCGCGGGCUGCUGCUACUGCCUGGCGGCGGCGCUGGCCCUGCUGCUGCUGCUGCUGCCCGCCGGCUGCCCGGUGCGUGCGCAGAACGACACAGAGCCCAUCGUGCUGGAGGGCAAGUGCCUGGUGGUUUGCGACUCCAGCCCGUCGGCGGACGGGGCCAUCACCUCCUCCUUGGGGAUCUCGGUGCGCUCGGGCAGCGCCAAGGUGGCCUUCUCGGCUACCAGGAGCACCAACCACGAGCCAUCGGAGAUGAGCAACCGCACCAUGACCAUCUACUUCGACCAGGUAUUAGUUAAUAUUGGCAACCAUUUUGAUCUUGCUUCCAGUAUAUUUGUAGCACCAAGAAAAGGGAUUUAUAGUUUCAGUUUCCACGUGGUCAAGGUCUAUAACAGACAAACUAUCCAGGUAAGUUUAAUGCAAAACGGCUACCCAGUGAUUUCAGCUUUUGCAGGGGAUCAGGAUGUCACCAGAGAAGCAGCCAGCAAUGGAGUCUUGCUCCACAUGGAGAGAGAAGACAAAGUGCAUCUCAAACUGGAAAGGGGUAACCUCAUGGGAGGGUGGAAAUACUCAACCUUUUCUGGCUUCUUAGUCUUUCCACUAUAA